AUGCAUCCAGCUUUGCAACCUAUUGAGUUCCUUAUUGGAACGUGGACAUCAGAAAGCGCUGUAGGCCAUUUUCCAACCAUCAACGAUUUUAAGUAUGACGAAACGAUUUACUUCGAAGAAAUAGGACAACCUUUGCUUAACUUCAAAAGUAUUUCAAAGAUUGGUGAACGACCAAUGCAUUUAGAGUCAGGAUUUUUGCGUAUCUUGCCUGGAACUUCAAAAGUUGCAUUUAUGGUUUCGCACAAUUUUGGACUUUGUUCUGUUGAAGAAGGAAGCGUUGAAGGCUGCAAUAUUGUAUUGGAAUCAAGUGGAAUUCAACGAAUAAGUUUUGCAAAAGAUCCUAUGGUCACUAAAAUACGAAGAACUAUAACGUUACUUGAAGACAUGAAACUGGAAAUCAAAACUGAUAUGGCAACAACAAAUACUCCAGAAUUAACAAAUCAUUUAAUUGUAAUUUAUAAAAAGAAUUCAAGCUAA